UUAUUAGGCGGCUACUUUUCCCCCCCUUCCCUCCCUCCUCUUGAUUUUCCCGUGAUUUUUGUUUUUGUUUUUUUUAAACGAUUCCCCCUCCUCCUCCUUCUGUCCAUUCCUUAUUUUUACAUUAACUCGAUCUGUUUACAUUUUUAAAUGUUUUCUUAACGUGAAAAGUUUCGAGGGGAGAAAAUGUUACUUUUAAACAUUACAUUAUUUUUUAUGUUUUUAAUAAUUCUUUUUUUUUCUCCUUGAUUGUCUAGACAAUAAAAAAUGUAGUAUAGAAUCAAAACAUAAAACAGAAAAUAUAUAAAAAGUGAUUGAGAGCUUGUUUGGGGUCAGCUGGUAAAUUUUAAGUAUUUUCGGGGUUUUCUGAUUUUUUCUGAAUUUCUGGUUUUUUCAGAAUUUCUGUUUCUGAUUUUUAAAAAUUCUGGUUUUUUUGUUCGUGAUUUUUUGAAUUUCUGAUUUCUUCUGAUUUUGUUCUGAUUCUGCUUUUAAAAAAUUCUGAUUUUGUUCUGAUUCUGAUUUAUAAAAUUCUGAUUUUUUUUGAUUCUGAUUUUUCUGAAUUUCUAAUUUUAUUUUCUUAUUCUGAUUUUUUUCUGUUCUCUAAAACAUGUUUCUUUUCGUACAUUGUAAAAUGCAAAUAUUUCCUAUUACUCUAGUGUCUCCACUACAGUAUACCUUACGCGCUUGCCAACAUUUUCUAUGGGGCUACGACUUUUCGUCAAAGGACUUUCCGUCAAUGGACUUUCCGUCAAUACUUUUCGUCAAUGGAUCUUACAUCAACGGACUUUUCAUCAAGAAAUAAACGCUUUUAAGAAAUUCAGAAAAUUAAUCGGCCUGUUCGAAGCUACA